AUGGCAGCUGCGCACGAGAGGACCCUCAGCCGAGGACCAGCGCGCCCACCAUCGAAGCCUCCGACCAUCGUCAAGAGCCAGUCGUUGUCCUCUCUGAAGCAGUCGCAUUCGGUCGACAUCCGGCGCAGAGUGCUGGCAGCUGUGGACAAAUACCCGGGCCUGAAGAGCGCGGAGGAGUACGUUGCAGCGAGGGCAGGCGCGGCCCGGGAAAAGGACCGGCAAGCUGAGAAGGAGUACUGGGCCAAUUUGAGGAAGUUCAAGGACGAUGUCAAGUCUGUGUUCAAGCUUCCCUCUGACAGCUACGCCGGCAAGCGAAGCGUGCAGGAUGAGAUCAUGGAGAAGGUGGAAAAGGGCCAAAGAGCCUUGCAAGAGACGGAUGAAGCCUACAAGAUGUGGCUUCAGGCUGGAACUUUCUCCUUGCCGGGAUGUCCCCGAGCGGGUCAUGAAAACUAA